AUGUUGAGGAUCUUUUCAGUCGACGCUCGUCAUCACGGCGCGGGUGCCAUCAAAUAUGCAUGGGAUCCCCACGGCAAGUACGUCGCGUCUUCCGGAACAUCUCGCGUCGCUCAAAUCUGUAACCGGCGUGGAAAACUCGUGGAUCAGCUCGUUUUGCCGUCUCCAAGCAUGUGUACCUUCCUCGACUGGAGCGAAAAUGGAGAUAUAUUGGCUAUUGUACAGGCUAAGUCUGCAUCACUCGUGCUGUGGGAGCCUAAGAAGAUUCAGCAGCAUCAAGUUGUGGACCUGCCGUGCAAAGAUAUCUCCUUCAUCAAAUGGUCGAAAUCGUCGCAUUCUUUGCUGGUGGCUAUCGGUACUAAUCAAGGACGAGUGUAUAUUUACGACCAUGCGACGGGUACAAAGACCCAAGUGGCGAGCAAGCACAAGCGACGCAUCGUCUGUGGAGCCUGGAACUUCAAAAACAAAUUCGCGUUCGGAUCCGAUGACCGACAGAUCACCAUUUGCUUGCCCUCGGGACGCACGUUUGACCAGGUCAAGAUCAAGGCGUCGCCACGAAGUGUCACGUUUGGCAGCAAAAGAGGGAACAAAGAUGCUAUCUUGUCGGUGAAUAUGGGUGGAAAGACCAUACUGCUGUACGAUUUGAAUGAGCGGGAAAACGCGCUGGAGUUGGCUUUUCAGGCGCGAUACGGCAACGUUGUCUCGUAUCAGUGGUUCGGCAACGGGUACAUCAUCGCGGGCUUCUCGUCGGGCUACGUUGUCAUCAUCUCCACCCAUUUGAACGAGAUCGGACAAGAGCAAUACUGCGCCAAAUUCCACGAACACGCACUCCGUGAGAUUGUGUACCACGAAGGGAACGGCAUGGUCGCAACUUGCGGAGAUAAAUGUAUCAAGGUCGUGCGAAUGAGCGACUGGAAAGAGAUCGCGGUGGAGUAUUUGGACAAAGAACCGGCUCCACCAAGUUCUCACGCCUCUGGAACUAGUGGAUCUCCUUCCCCCACAUCUUCGCCAGCUACGCUUACGGACAUUCCAGGAUCUAGCUCGAGCAGUGGACCAAUACAGACACUCUCGUCGUGUUUCGAAGACCUUCAAUGGACUCCUGACGGACGCAUUCUGAGUGUUGGCUCGCACAGCGGCUGUCUGCACAACUUUCUGAUCCUCAGAUCGGCACUGCAGUCUCCGUUAUUCGACCUGGACUUGCAGUUUGCAGCUGUGCUGAAACCCAUCGCCCCAUGGACAAUGCUCUUCACCACGGGCUUCAUGUUAUUCGCUGUGCUGCUCGUGCUCAGUGUCCAAUCUGACGUCUCGUGCAUCGACGUCUUCCGCGCGAUGACCGGCUUCGUCGAGGGACUGUGA